AUGAAGACACCAUCACCGCUGCCGUUGCCGUCCUCGCGUUCGUCGGUCAUUAUUACUGCCGCACCCCCAGACCGUGAUUACCCCGCAUUGCCCGAUACGAACACGACCAAGCCACUUCUGUGGCGGCUUUACGUGUCGCACAUACUUUCGACAUGGAACGCGCGCACCUUUGAGUUUGGCGCCAUCAUUUUCCUCGCUGCUAUUUUUCCGGGAACUCUUUUCUUUGCCUCGUGCUAUGCCUUGUGUCGCUCCGCCGCCGCCGCCGUCCUGGGUUCCUGGAUAGGCAGCCAGGUCGAUCGCAAGAACAGACUCCAUGUCGUCCGCCAGAGCAUCGUCUGGCAAAGACUGUCUGUCGCUACCUCCUGUCUUGUUCUGGCGUUUCUGCUGGCUGCCGGCGAAGAAAAGGGACUCACUGCCUAUGCCCUAUUCGCCGCCAGUGUGCUCCUGGCAUGCGUAGAGAAACUGGCCUUUGUCGCCAAUACUGUUUCCGUUGAAAGAGACUGGAUCAUUGUCGUCUCCGAUAGUCUCCACGCAGACCGCCAGCAGCUGAACAGUGUCAUGCGGAGAAUCGACCUCGUCUGCAAGCUCGUUGCCCCAGUCGGCAUUGGCCUCAUCGAGGGCUACUCCACCCGGCUCGCCAUCGCCGUCGUCUUUGUCCAGAAUGCCAUCAGCGUGCUCGUGGAAUACUAUGCCAUAGCGCACGUCUACGCGGCAAUCCCAGCCCUCGCACGCGGAAAAGAGCCCGAGCACCCUGAAACACGAGACAGCCCAGUGCAACAGUCUGACCACCAGGCUACCGUGUCACACCCUGGUCCACGUCGCAUCCUCGUUAAUAUAGCAUCGCACCUCCGACCGUGGAGCAAUUAUAUACAAAACCCCGCCUUUCUGGCCUCCUUUUCGCUGUCCCUACUAUACCUCACCGUCCUCAGCUUCGCGUCGCAAAUGACGACGUACCUCCUCACCCUCGGCUUCACCAGUACCCACGUCUCCAUCAUGCGCCUUGUAUCCGUAGCCCUCGAGCUAUCCGCCACGGUCGCAGCCCCGUGGCUCAUGAACAAGAUUAGCGCUGUGCGCGCAGGCUUGUGGUUCAUCAACGAGCAGCUCGUUUCCAUUGCCCUGGCCAUCGGCCUCUUCCUCUGGCUAGACAACAAGCCCAUGCUCGCCGGUGCCGCCCUCGUCCUCGGCGUCUGCUUUUCCCGCCUUGGCCUCUGGGGCUUCGACCUGUGCGUCCAGUACCUCGUGCAAGAAGACACGCCAGAGGCCACGCGCGGCUCCUUCUCCGCCAUCGAAAUGUCGCUGCAGAACCUCUUUGAGCUGGUCUCGUUUGCCACGACAAUGGUGUUUUACCGCCCCGUGCAGUUCAAACUCCCCAUCUUCAUCAGUGCUGGCGCCAUUGCCUCAAGCGCUGCCUGUUUCGCGGGAUUCGUGAGGAAGAAGAGGGGCCAUUUGUUGCACACGGAUAGGUGCUUUAAGCGAAUGGGCAAGACGGGCCGGUACGAAGUCCUACCUACGAUUGAGGAGGAAAUUGAAUUGGAAAUGGACGACGUAGACAAGGAUGCGGGAAUAUGUUACCGGCACUAAGUUGAAAAGAAAAAAAAAAGUUAAUACUCUAGUCAUUUUGUUUAGCCUGAAUUGUUCAUGUAUGCUUUCAUCGCCGUUAUCGGUCCUUGGCUAGGCCCUUUUCUGUUCUUCUUUGAUAGGACCGGUUCGGCUAUAA